GUGUGCAGUCCAACAGCUGGUCCGUUCAUGUCCCAUCUGACGUUACUGGCGAACUCGGGAAGAUGGUUAUCCUGCCCUGUACUUUCACGCACCCCUACAAAACAUUUGACCGGACCCUUACCGCCAUUUGGAGGAUCAAGGAACCUUACAACGGCACGGUAGUUUUCAAGUGCAUUAGUCAGAGCACCAGCGAGCUCUGUAAGACUGCCAUCAGCUACAAAAACAAAUACAAACUGCUUGGCAACCCCCGGCACAAGGACCUUUCCAUCAGGAUUGACAAUCUGACCUGGAGCGACAGCGAGAGAUAUUUCUGCCGGGUGGAGCUGUCCGGAGAUAUCCACGACAAGUACGAAACUGCCCCCAGGAUCAUUAACAUCACCGUCAGCUCCAACGGGGAUCGCACCUUCCAGGCACGCUGCACCGCCGAGGGGGAGCCAGCGCCCGCUCUGACCUGGACCGGACCACCCUACAGCAACCUCACCUCCGUCACCAGCAUGAACCACCGCGUCACCAAGGAGCUCCGGUACCUGACCCAUGAUGGAAAAUACACCUGCACUGCUGUCAACAGCCACGGGAGAGCAGAGGGGGCUGUGUACUUCUAUAAAUUCAAAGCAUCCAACAGCUCCUUCUUCCUGAUCCUGAUCUUUGUGCCGCUGGGAAUUAAAGUGCUCAUUUUGAUGGUGAUACUGGGCUUCACCAUUUUCUCAAGAGGAG